GAUGUGUAUGGGUAAAAAUCAGAUAAUAUUGUACCUUUUCUGCCCCAUGGCUUAUUAUCGGAUGGGGUGUUAAUUGAUCUCUUUUAUACUCUUAAUUUAGAUCUGAAUGCUAAACGACCCUGAUUUUGCCACAAACUGCCCAUUUAUAAACCUUUUAAAACUUUUUUUGUAUUCCAGAUCAUUUCUCCCGUUGAAAAUUUGUGUAAAAAUAUUAAGUUUAAACUGUAGAUUAGUGAUUUGUUAUAUGUAAUUUUUAGCACAUUUGAUAUAGUAUAGAAGAUGAAUAGGUCUAACAAACGCAGAGUCUAUGUUGGUAAUUUAUCCUGGAAAGUCAGAUGGCAGGAUCUUAAAGACCAUAUGAAACAAGUUGGAGAUGUUCUCAGAGCUGAUAUUAUCGAAGAUUACGAUGGAAAAUCCAAAGGAUGUGGAAUUGUUGAAUUUGCUGACGAAGACUCUGCCUCAAGAGCCAUUGCUGAAUUAAAUGAUACCAUGAUUCUCGAUCGUCAAAUAUUUGUUCGUGAAGAUAGAGAGAACUAUAAUACGUUUCGUGGAUAUGGGCGUUUUUUCAGAUUAAGGCCACGCAUUGACUCGCCAUCGGGUUAUUCUGGUAGAUCAAGUGGUCGUAGUGGAACUAGUGUUAUCGUCACAAAUUUACAAUGGAAAACAAGUUGGAAAGAACUUAAGGAUCUUUUCAAAAGUUGCGGACUAGUUCUUAGAGCUGAUGUAUUAACUCAUGAAGAUGGAAGAUCAAAAGGAGUGGGAAAAGUAGUCUUUGCAAAUGAAUAUAGCGCUAGAAAGGCAAUCACAAUGUACAACGACUACGUCCUCGACGGUAGAAAAAUCGGCGUACGUCUUGAAAACUGAUGUUUAAUUUAUUCCAAUAAAGUUUAAUCACUCUAAUUUUUUUAC